UCACCUGCUGAUGACUCGCCGCCAUCCAGUCUUUCUAUAAAGCUAUUCAACAUCGCUUUUUUCUUUCUCAGGAGCGGCUUGGAGCUGCUUCGGCGUGACGAGAAACUCCUCAUAAAACGCAGAUGACGCCUUUUUUCAGCAUUGACCUGCUCGGAAUGGCCCAACAAGCAAGAAUUUACAUCAAUGGCUGUGCAUGAAUGGAUAAAUGUCAGGAGGCAGCGUAUCUACUACUGCCAUUCACCCAUAAUGUGAGCCAUCGCUUCCAAUGUGCGCCUUAUCUCGGGUUUUACGAGCGCCCGGAGCAUGAUUACAGAGGCAAAGACUAAACUGAAGACAUAAAAAUGUUGCUGUGGAAUUCUACAGGUGGAGAGGAUCUGCUAGGAAACAGUAGCGACAGCAGGCCAGGCAAUGCUGAGCAAGUCCUCGUCCCUAUUUUUGAUGUCCUGAUUCUGUUUUUGGGUGUGGGGGGCCACAGCAUGGUGAUGGUGAUCCUCUGCAGGAGGCACAGGAGGACGACGGGUUGGUCUGCACAGAGCUCCAUGACUGGAACGGGUACAGACGUCCUCCUGCUGGCCCUCAGCUCUGCAGAUGUGCUCCUUCUCGCCACGCUACCCUUUCACACAGUCGCCAUCGCCAUGCAGCUGUGGCCAUUUGGAGACUUCCUGUGUCGCCUGGCAGGCUUUUUGGGAUCGGCCUGCUCCUCAGCCAGCGCCUUCACACUAUCCACCCUGGCGGUGACUCGCUACAUGACGGUGGUGCACCCUGCCAGAGCUUACCACCUCCUGUCUCCUCGCAGGGUGAGCAUCGCUGUCGUGCUUCUUUGGGUGCCAGCAUGCUGCCUGGCGAUGCCCCAGUUAGUGUUCCGCUCAGUGGGAACCCCUCAUCGUAACCCAGAUGGGCUCGCUUGCUUCGCUUUCCUGUCCCACAGAGACCAGCUCAUCUACGGAUUGUUCCACUUUCUCGUAGCUUUCUUGCUCCCACUAAUCACCAUCGCCAUUGCUUAUGGAAACAUCUACUUGUUCCUGUGGAGGACUCGGAAGGCCAGUCAGGCUCCACAAAUAGAACGCUACCAGAGCAAGGUAACCCAGACGUCUGCUUUGCUGGUUCUGGCAUUUACUCUCUGCUGGCUGCCUUCCUACGGCCUGAUGCUGGCCUUACUGUUGGAUCAAAGCUCAGGUGCUACCGGCACCUCACCACGAUACGGCCCGUUCACCGUGUUCGCACGACUCAUGGCCAUCGCUUCCACCGUGCUAAACCCUAUUCUCUAUGUGCUCAUGUCCCAAAAGUUCAGAGAGGACCUGCAGAAGUUGUUCAAGAGGGGAGGGCAGAGUGCCAGUGGGGGUGUGGCAUAAGUAACCCUCUCGGACUAUCUACUGUACUGGGAGCUACAGCUAAUCAUCUCUCAUUGGAAUCCUUGUCAAGAUGACCAAUCCCUGCAUUUAAAUCAUUAAAGUCACUAGAAGAGCU